AUGACAACAGUGUCCCACACGAGGAAGAAGGGUGUCUUCAUGAAAGGACAGCUGAAGGUCACCGCGUACGUGAACCACGGCCUGGUCACGGUCCAUGUGGUACAAGGGCGUCGCCUGACUACAGGAGGCCAAAAACAGCCGAAUACGUUCGUCAUGAUCUCCUUGAUCCCCGACCGGCCGCACGAGAUCCCCACGCGCUGCCACACCGAGCUCGUGCCCAAGACCAGCUGCCCCACCUAUGAUGAGAAAUUCUCCUUUGAAGUAAGCGAGGAGGACGAGGGACGCAGGCUGCUAGCCGCCGUUUGGGGCCAGAAGUCAAACUCGGGGCCGAUUGAGUCGUUUGGAUGCAUGUCGUUCGGACUGAAGCAUCUGAAGAGCGGCGAGCGACCCGUUUCCGGCUGGUAUCACCUCCUCGCCGAGGACGUCGGCUGCAAGAAGCAUCUGAAGGUCAGCGAAAACCGCCCGUGCUUUCCUGUGAUGCAGAGCCGAAUCGCCCGCCCCGGGCCUGUUGGUGUCGGCGUCGAUGAGAUCUCGGAAGUCAACAAGGUUGUCAAUGGCCCUGAACGUCUCCAGAUUUCCGUGCAGCGAUCAAAUCCUUUUGGUGGGUUCGGUUUCUCCGUGGUGGAUGCGUGUCCGGUCCGCAUUGGUCGCGUGGACGGUGCGUCCCGGGCGGAGGAGGCGGGGAUACGGCCUGGUGACUUGGUGGUCCGUGUCAACGGCCAGAACGUCUCCCGCUCUACGUCAGCAAGCGUGGCGAGAUGCAUUAAGCGCGGUGGGCAGACCCUGUUGUUGGAGGUUCAGCGGCUCACUCAUAUCCCUGCAACCCACACGCCCAUGUACACACACUUACACACGGUCUCCGGGACUCCCGACCCCGGAAACGGCUCCUCGGAGGAGUGGACGAUAUGUGAUGACCGCACGGUCCUCAUGGGAACAGGAAGUAACGGAGAAACGCGGCGGCAGGCGGCGCUACACAGGCUGUUGGUGGCGGAAGAGCGUUUCGUCGAGACUAUGUCGGAAGGAAUGCAGCGUUAUUCCCGCCCGCUUCGUCACUGCCUCCUAGCGCCUGAGCACCAUGUCACGCUUUUUCAGAACGUGGAGAAGUUGGUAAGCAUGUCGGAGUACCAGGUUCACCAGAUGUUGUCCAACCUACCCGAUACGGAAGACGCCGCCGACCCCGACGACUCACUAUCUGUCGAGCCCGCGGACAUUACCACAAUCGUCGGCGUCAUUUACAAGUUCAAGCUCCCAGUGAUCCUACAGGCCUACUCACAGUACGCUUCCGGUUUGCCGCAUGCCGCUCGCUCUCUUGCCGACCUAGAGAGGGAUCCCGAUUUUUUGCGCUUUCUUUGGCGCAACGAGGCACACAGACAGCCGCUGUCGCUGUGCGAGUUCAUUAAUCGGCCUCUGGAGCAUCUGGCAGAUGUUUGCCGGCUCGUGUCCGCUAUCCGCGACUCUCUGUCAACAGGCUCCAGCGACCACAGCGUCUACUCUAAAAUUGUUAAUGGUCUGCAAACGGUGGUGUCCGCCUCCCGGUCCGUUGAAAUGGUGAGCAGUUCAUUUCUGUCCGUCGCUUGCUCUGUCCUUGAUGUCAGCCAAGCCACACACGGUUCAUCGCAUCGAGUGCCACGGAUGGGCGCCCGUAUCCUGAAGCGAGCCUCCUCAUCCUCUUCUAGUGGGUUCGGAAGUGGCGAAUCCCAGCACUCUGAUGAGGAACUAUGUUCGCGUGCCGCCGAGCUUUUUGAACCGGAUGUUGAGUUCCGGCAGACCACCGUGUGA